AUGCUAUUGCCAAAGGGCGGAGUGAAUUGGAAGUCCGCCAGGGCUGGUCUGCCUCCAUGGAGGGCGGUGCUCGUUCUCCUGACGCGAACUCGCUUUUUGGUCUCCGUGGCCGUGACGGGCCUUGUUAUCCUGCUGUGGCGCGGCGUCAGCAAGUCUGCGUCGGAGAUGCAAAAUUUCUACUGCUAUGGCCCCUCCAAAUCUCCGAUGGAGAUGUCCCUCAACGAGAUGGUUGAGUGGAAUGCCCACGCCCAGACACCCGUCCUCUUCAACCACCACGAGCCCUACGAAGUUAACAGCACUUCCAUCUCUGAAAUCGAUCUCAACCCCAUCAAGUCCACCACCCAGGCCUUCCUCAACCGCGAGCGAGUUCUCAUCCUGACCCCUCUUCGCGACGCCUCCCCCUACCUCGCGAAUUACUUCGACCUCCUGUACAAGUUGACCUAUCCCCACGACCUGAUCGACCUAGCCUUCCUUGUCGGUGACUCCAAGGAUGACACCCUGGCCGAUCUUGCGUCCGAGCUCGAUCGCAUCCAGAACCACGCCGAUGAAAAAAUUCGCUUCCGCAGCGCGACCGUCAUCAAGAAGGACUUUGGUGCCGAGACCGAAAUGAGUGUGGAGGAGCGACACUCCUUCGCUGCUCAGGGUCCUCGGCGCAAGGCGAUCGGCCGUGCCCGCAACUACCUGCUGUAUUCGGCCCUCAAGCCCGACCACUCGUGGGUUUACUGGCGUGACGUGGAUAUUACGGAUUGCCCGGAGCGCAUUUUGGAGGACUUCAUGGCUCACGACAAGGAUAUUCUUGUGCCGAACAUUUGGUUCCACCGCUACCGUGAUAACCGCGACGUUGAGGGUCGCUUCGACUACAACUCGUGGAUCGAAUCCGACAAGGCCCGCCGCCUGCGCGAAACGCUGGACCCCGACACUGUUCUGGCCGAAGGCUACAAGGAGUACGACACUGGCCGUACAUACCUGGUUAGCAUGGGUGACUGGAGAAAGAACAAGGACGAGGAGGUCGAGCUUGACGGCAUUGGUGGCGUCAACAUCCUUGUCAAGGCUGAUGUUCACCGUUCGGGCAUCAACUUCCCUGCAUACGCUUUCGAGAACCAGGCCGAAACCGAAGGCUUCGCCAAGAUGGCCAAGCGCGCCGGCUACCAGGUCGUCGGACUGCCCAACUACGUGGUCUGGCACAUUGACACGGACGAGAAGCCCGGCAACCUGGGAGAUCGCAAGGCGUACUAA